CUCCUCUCCGCCUGACCGGAGGCACCUGCCCUCAGUGAUUCAGAAGUGGUGUGUCACUCUUGUUCCUACCGUAGCGACUCUCGUUGGUGUAGUGAGCUGUGCUUAUUGUGCCAAGUCCUGUGAUUUGCUAAGUUUCAUCGUCUCUCUCUGCAGUUGAGACUGCAAGCUUGCCGAGCGCUGCCAUUCUGGUGCUGUUUUAAAUAAGUGGCCCCGACCCAGAAUGGGUUCCACGGGGGAGAGUUUCGCACCGAGCUUCACACAGAAGCCCAAACUGCGACAAGAAGACGAUGGCAAUAAGCUUAUCUUCGACUGCAAGCUCCUCGCGAACCCUCAGCCCGAAAUCAACUGGUACCGAGGGGAGACUCACAUCAAGGAGAGUAAGAGGGUAGCAAUAAACAUCAAGUCAGGGGGCAAGGACCUUUACGAUGUACAGCUUAUCUUAGACGAUGUUGAAGAAGAGGACGCUGGUCUCUACAAAGUCAAGGCCAAGAAUAAGUACGGUGAAGUUUCAGCCUCAAUCAACCUCAACUUCAGCCCUACCGAGCCAACUCCGGACACAAGGCAAAUCGAUGGCGUGGCUCCAUCCUUCCACCAGAAACCGAUCAUCAAGCAGGAGGGCGGCGGAUCGAUCAUCGUCUUCGAGGCAAAAAUCAAGGCGGCACCGAAGCCAGAGAUCGUUUGGUUCCGCGAUGGCAAUCCGGUCAAGCAGACCAGGCGGAGUCAGCUGAGCAUUCAAAAAGAAGACGGCUUGUUCGUGAUUCUACUGAAGCUCACUGACGUCACAGUCGAAGACGCUGGCAAGUACAAGGUUACCGCUAAAAACGAACUGGGAGAGAGCAACGCUACCAUCAGCCUAAAUUUCGACAGCUCCUUUAUGCUCAAAACAGGCGACGAUUCUCCCCCACCGGACCUCCUCAAGCCUGCCUUCACCGAACGACCGGCCAUCCGGCAGUCCGAGGACGGUUCCUCCGUCAUCUUCUCGACGAGAUGCGUGGGCAACCCGCAGCCUAACAUUUCGUGGUUUUUCCAAGGGAUGAAGAUAUUGGAAGGUCUCAGGCACAAGCUGAGCAUAGAGCCUGAUGGCAAAGUUUACUACAUCGUCAAGCUCGAAAUUCAGAAAGUAUCCAAGAAAGACGAAGGCGAAUACAAGAUUAUGGCUUCGAACAAACUUGGGGAAGGCCACGCAACCGUAAAUUUACGAUUCGAAGGCGACGUAGCAACUGAUAAACCGAAAAUCCCCGACGGCAAGGCUCCCCGGUUCCCCAAGAAGCCGGAGAUCAGGCAAGAGGGCGACAAGCUCAUCAUGGAGUGCAUGCUGGAGGCCAACCCUGAGCCUGAGGUCACCUGGUACAAAGACAACACGCUCAUCCAAGAGCACGGGCGGAUCUCGAUGUACAAGAAGAUCUGCGGCAAGGACCAGUACGUGGUGUCGGUGACGGUGAUGGGACCAACAGCAGACGAUGGAGGACAGUGGCGGUGUAACGCCUUCAACCCCUUCGGCGAUUCCAACGCUAACAUUGCCCUCAACUUCAAAGAGGGCCUGGCCGUUCCUGAAGGCUAUGCACCCACGUUCUUGGACAAGCCUUCCAUCAUCCCUAACGAAACUGGCACCAUGAUCACCAUGAAGGUGCGGUGCAAAGCCAAGCCACAGCCAACAGUCGAGUGGUACAAGGACGGCAAGAAGGUCGAGAGCGCCAAACGACUUGUCAUUAAAGAGCAUAAAGUCACGGAAGAAAUGUUUGAGUAUUCUUGCAUCGUCAAGGAGCCUUGUGGUAAGGAUGCUGGCAAGUACAAGUGUGUGGCGAUGAAUCAGUUCGGCGAGGCUACUGCAAAUGUUAACCUUAACAUCGAGAGUGAGCCAGAAGCUCAAGGAGAACCUCCAACCUUUGUAGAAAAGCCUUUGAUCAAGUGGGAGGAAGAAGCAGGGAGAGUUUUGAUGAUUGCUUUAGUAAAGGCAGAUCCAAAACCGUCCGCCGCUUGGUCCAAAGAAGGCGUGUCCAUUUCUAGCGGAGGCCACUACACCAUCACCGUGACGGAUGACCGCCCUGAUGUCUACCGGAUCUGUCUCGAGCUCAGGAAACCUCAGCCGUCGGACGGUGGCAUCUACAAGUGCAACAUCAAGAACGAAUUUGGCGAACUGAACGCAAAUUUGAACCUCAACAUCGAAGUGGCUCCAACUAUCAAAAAGGCCCCGAAGAUCAUUUCGAUUGUAAACAAAACGGUGAUCAUCGAGUGUGUUAUUGUGUCAACCUCGAAGCCUGCCUGUGAGUGGAGGAGAAAUUCUACGUCCGUGAAACAGAGUUCCCGCCACAACGUUUCAGUCAGAGAGGCUUCUGAAGGGUGCUACCAGGUUCAGCUGGAAAUUAACCAGGCUGACAAGAGUGACGCUGGCUCCUAUAAAGUCACAGCCAAGAACGAGAAGGGAGAGACAACGUCGAGCGAGGUGGAGUUGCGCGUCGACAUGCUCGAGGAGGAGAUUGUGGAAGAGGAAGAGGUUGUAGAAGAAGAAAAAGAGCCGAUCGAAGAGGAGAAAGAAGAGAAAGUAGAAGUUAAGGAGGAAAUUAAGGAGGAGAAAAAGGAAAAGAAAGAGGUGAAGAAAGAAAAAGAAGAGAAGAAAGAAGAAAAGAAAAAGGAGGAAAAGAAAGAAGCAAAAGUCGAAAUAAAAGAAGAAUUGGUUGAAGAAACAAAAAUUGAACAGAAGAAGGAUAUUAAGAAGGCAGAAAAAAUAGAGGAAAAGAAAGUCGAGAAAAAGGAGAAGAAAACGGAGGAGAAAAGAGUAGAGAAAGUCGAGGAGAAGAAGGCAGAAAAAGUCGAAGAGAAGAAGGUAGAAGUGAAGAAGACGGAGGUCAGAGAGGAGAAAGUAGAGAAGAAGCUGGAAACGAAGACUGUGGAGAAAAAGCAGAUCCAGACAGAAGUCUCAGAAGAACAAGAAAUGGACCCUAAGAAGAUCAUACCAACAACUGGCGGCUUGAAGAAGCCAAAAUUUAGACGCCAGUUACCACCAAAAGAAGAAUCUCUCAAUCUCGCUGCCAUUCAGUUGAAGCCCACACCCAAGAAGAAACAGAAGACCGAAAAAACUGAAGAAGAAGAGGUCUCCACUUCUUUGCAAUUUAAAGGAGAAGAUGUUUCUUCUGGUGGGGUGCAGAUUGAAACUUUAAAGAAAUCACAACAGCGCAAGUCAGAGACCACACUUGAGAAGGAAAAUGGCGUGGUGACUGCAGUGACUCAGUCGACUGAAGAAACUACUGACGUCACGACUCUCAGGAAAAAGAGUUCCGGUGCUCUGAAAAUUCCAGAAUCGGUCACGGACGCACCUGUUCCCUUAGUCUUCAAGAAGAGGCGAACAAUUUUGCCAAAACAAGAAGAAACACAAGAGAAAAUUCAACUUAAGCCUACCCCCAAGAAAAAAGCUGAAGCGAGCACGGAAAAAACCGACGAAGUUUCUACAGACCUUCAAUUCACUGGCUCUGAUGUCAAAACAGGGGGUGUUGAUGUAAAACUUGCAGCUCUCACACCUUCCGCUGAUCUACAGGAGGAGGCACCGCAACCGCAAGAAGAUGAGGAGGAAGAACCGUUGACUUGUCGUCCACCUGAUACCGCCCCUCCUGUCAAUCCCUACGAUGACUUGGACGACGAUGAGAUUCCUCACCCUUACGCUUCUCGCUUGAAGGGUUGGAAACCACGCAUUGUAGAGCCGGAGCCUCAGCCGGAUACGACCCCGAAAAUCGAAAUAUCAGCGGACAAGAGAGGUUCUCUUGCCCCUGUUUCUGGCCCCUCGAGCAGACGAGGUUCCCUCAUACCCCCUGAAGAUGCCGGGGGACGUCGACCCUCGCUCAUCAUACAAGAGGAGAGUGGGCGAAAAUUGAGACCAGGAGAAGUGGUCGAAGAGCUCAAGGGGGGCAAACUUAAGCCUGGCGAAAGCGUUACUGAAGUGAAGGGCCGCCGGCGUGCCAGCACCGACAGACGAGGCUCCGAGGCGCCCACUGCAGAAGAUGAGAACCGCAUUGACAAGCCCUCCAGCCCGCUGACGCCCGUCGGCAACCCGGGCCCUCCAGCCAUCGUUGAUGUGCAGCUCAAGUACAACGCUGUGGAAGGGUCUAAUGGCUACAUCGAUCUCAUCGUGGAGGGCAACUCGGUGCCCAAAGUCAAGUUCUUCAAGGGAAUCAUGGAAAUCGUGGAAAGUGGCAGGUAUAAAAUUCACACCGACGGCGCGACCAACACCGUCACGCUCUGCAUCCGCAAGACGAAGGCCAACGACGAAGGCGUAUACAAGGUCAUCGUCAGCAAUGAACAUGGCGAAGACUCCGCUGAGAUGGAGCUCUACGUCUCUGAUUCAAGUGGCAUGGAUUUCCGUAGUAUGCUUAAGAAAAAGAAGUACGCAAAGUGGAAGCAACAGCAAGAAAAGGAAGAGGUCGACCUCAAAGAGGUGGAUAAAGAUCCUAAGCCAGCGCUCAAAAAAGUUGAAAGGAAACAAGAGUCAUGGACGAAGCCUCUUAUUGAUCAAACAGUGAAGGAAGGCAAGGACAAAGUGGCCAAGUUCGAAGCCGAGUUUUCCCGCAAGGAUUCCAAGGCUAAGUGGUUCCUCAAGAAAGAUGAAAUCUUCAACGACUCACGCCACAAGAUCACGAUGGUUGGCACCACACACACCCUCGUGAUCACCAAGCCAGAGCAACAGGACAUGGGCCGAUACUCGGUCGAGUGCAUGGGCAUCUCCUGCAACGCUGUGCUCACCGUUGAAGAACCGGAUCCAGACUUCAAAUUCGUUCGUCCGUUGCCAAAGAAAACCGCCGGUUACACCACGAAGGACAUCGAAAUGGAAGCUCAGACGAACUCUCACAAGGCCAUCGUGCACUGGUUCAGAGGAGAGGAGAAGCUUGAGGAGAACGAAAAGUACAAGAUGUACAAAGACAUGACGGGCACAGUUCGCCUCACCGUCUGCAACGCCACAAAAGAAGACAAAGGCAAAUACUCGGCCAAGAUUUUCAAGUGUCCCAAGGAGGUGUGCGAGACGACGCUAAAAGUUGAAGACCAACCGUUCAAGUUCACGAAGCAGCUCAAGUCGAAGACCGUCAUCGAGAACCACAAGGUGAUCCUAGAGUGCGAGGUGGACGAGGCCGAGGCUCCCGUCACCUGGUAUCUCGGAGACCAGAAGAUCGAAGCCGACAAGUCCGUGAAGAUGCUCACCGAUGGCCGCAAGCGUCAACUCGUCUUCAAGAGCAUCAAGAUGGGCGAUGCCAACCACUACACGUGCAAGACUAACGCUGACGAGACAACAUGUGAACUCAUUGUCGAUUGUGAGAACAUGUUCAAGAAGAAGCUCCAGGACACGACUGUAUACGAACGCACCGACGCUGUUUUCGAGGUCGAAGUCACUGAUGUGAACGCGCCGGUGACGUUCUUCCACCGCGGCAAGGAAGUCACGCCUAGCGAGACCACGCAAGUUGAACAGAUCGGCAAGGGACAGUACCGACUCACGUUCAAGAACUGUACCAUCGAAGCCGAUGAAGGAGAGGUCAAAGCGGUGUCCGGGACGAUCGAGUGCGCGUGUCAGCUGAGCGUGGGUGAGGGGGAGAAGCCCCCCAGCAUCAAGCCCAAGGAGCCCAUCGAGGGGCCCUGCAGCCGCCCCAUCACCUUCGAGGUGCCCUACACGGUGCCUGGGCCAAGGUUGUCCAAAGUGGACGCGAAGCUCCUGAAGGAUGGCAAGCCCAUGAAGGACGUGGAGGUGAGCGUGCAGGACAAGCAGGUUGUGUUCACCAUCAAGAAGCCGUCGCGUGACCAGACCGGCAAGUACACCAUCAAGAUGAGCAACGCAGCGGGCGCCAGCACCAAGGAUGUCCACAUCAACAUGCAGGACAAGCCUGGACCUCCCACCAACCUCGAAGUGACAGACAUCUUCAGUACCUCGUGCUACUUCAGCUUCCAGCCACCGAGAGACGACGGUGGCAUGCCGCUCACCUUCUACUCCGUCGAACGUCAAGACGUGUCGUUGAAAGGCGGUUGGUCACAGAUCGCUGAAGUGCCUGCAGACGAGACCCUCAAGAUUAAGGUGGAGGGUCUGGAAAACAAGAAACAAUACAAGUUCCGCGUGUCUGCCGCUAACAAAAUGGGAACGGGAGAACCUGCCACGCUGCCUAAAGUCAUUCUCGCCAAGGAUCCUUGGGACGAGCCCGGAAAGGUGAAGCACGUCGAGGUCACAGACUGGGGCCCCAACCACGCCGACCUGCGCUGGUCGCGUCCUGAGACCGACGGCGGCGCGCCCAUCACGGGCUACAUCAUCGAGUACAGGACCCGUCCCAUGCCCAAAGCUGAAUCUGGUGGAAUGGAGCGCUUUGGUGACUGGAAGAAAGGCACCGAGAUCCAGGGCGAUGUUCUGGAGGGGACCAUGAACGACCUCAUCGAGGGCAACCAGUACGAGUUCCGCAUCCUGGCUGUCAACAAGGCCGGUCCCGGCGAACCCUCUGACCCCACCGACCCCAUUUGCGCCAAGCACCGCUUCUUGCGGCCUUUCAUCAAGAACCCUGAUGAGUUCAGGAACAUCGUCAUCAAGAAGGACAAGCAGUUCGUGCUCGACAUCAAGUAUGGCGGCGAGCCUGAGCCCACGGUCAUCUGGAAGUUUGAUGAUAAAGAAAUCAUCGCUGACGACACGGAGAAGUUGGGGUCUCCCUUCAACUGCACCAGGAUUACCAUUGACCAGUACGAAAGGAAUACGGUGUUCACGCUUCGUAAGGGCGUCAGGAAAGACACUGGCAAGUAUAAGCUUGUGCUCGUCAACUCCGUGGGGCAGUGCGAGGAGGUAGCAGACGUCGUUGUGCUCGCUAAACCUGAAAGGCCGGAAGGUCCGCUGUUCCCUGAGGAGAUCCGCGACAAGCACGUCAAGCUGCGCUGGAAGAAGCCCAAGGAUGAUGGCGGCAUGCCCAUCCAGGGCUACAUCAUCGAGAAGAUGGACCUGGACACGGGCAUCUGGGAGCCUGCAGGAGAGGUCACAGCUCCGCUCAAGGAAGAGUUCACCGUAGACGGUCUAACGCCCAAGAAGAACUACAAGUUCCGUGUGAAGGCCUACAACAAGGAGGGAGAAUCUGAGCCAUUGGAGAAUGACGAGCCAAUCAAAGCACGCAACCCAUACGAUGAACCCGGAAGGCCCGGGAAGCCCGUGGUGCAAGACUACGACAACACGAUGGUGGUGCUGCAGUGGACUCCUCCCGAGACGGACGGCGGUCGCCCGAUCACCCACUACACCAUUGAGAUGAAGGAGAAGCUCUCCGUUGAGUGGGUGAAGGCGAUCGACACGCCAGACACCAGAUGCGAGAUGCAGGUGCCCAACUUGAGGGAGGGCAACAACUACACUUUCCGUGUACGCGCCCACAACAAGGCGGGCUGUGGUGAGGCGUCCGAGCCUUCGGACAACCAUCUCUGCAAGCACAAGAACCUGAAGCCUCGAAUCAUGCGAGAAACCUUCAAGACCGUAACCAUCAAGGUCGGACGCAGCCACAAGUGGGCUGUUGACUACAUCGGCGAGCCAGAUCCCGAAGUUUCGUGGAUAUUCAAGGAGACUGUGCUGGAAAAUUCCGAUCGAAUUAACAUCGAGAACACUGAUCACCACACUGAGUUUUCAGUUACUAAUGCCAAGAGGAAAGAUGCUGGCCUCUACACUCUCAAAGUUGAGAACAGGAAUGGUUCUGACCAAGAAACCGUGGAGCUCGUCGUCCUAGGCAAACCGUCCAAACCUAAAGGUCCCCUGGACGUGACGGAUGUACACGACACAGGAUGUAAACUCAAGUGGAAGGAGCCCGAAGACGAUGGUGGAAUGCCGAUAAAGGAGUAUGAGAUCGAGAAGAUGGAUCUCGCGACUGGAAAAUGGGUCCGGGCUGGAAAGUGUCCUGGCAAUGUGGUACCUCCCUUCUUUGAAGUCGAGGGUCUCGAACCCGGCCACCAGUAUAAGUUCCGCGUCUCGGCCGUGAACAACGAAGGAGAGUCUGAGCCUCUAGAGGCGGACCAGGCUAUCUUGGCGAAGAAUCCUUACGACGUGCCUGGUGCACCUGGCCGUCCUGAGAUUACGGACUACGACAACAAGUCGGUUGAUCUCAAGUUUACCGCCCCCAUGUCUGAUGGCGGUGCUCCGCUCAUCAAAUAUAUCAUCCAGAAGAAGGAUAAAUUCAUGCCUGAGUGGGAGACCGCAUCAGAAAUCAAGUGUGACCUAUACACGCCUCUCAAGCCUGGUGAACCCAUCGAAGCAACUGUAGGCGGUCUGAAGCAUCGCGCUGAGUACAUGUUCCGUGUGGUUGCCGUUAACAAAGCUGGCCCUGGACCUGAGUCUGAGCCAACAGACUAUCAUCUCGUGAAGCAUCGUGCUUUGAAACCAAGGAUCGAUCGCACUAACCUGAAGCAAACCACUACAAAAGCUGGACGCAAUGUGAAGUUUGACAUCAACAUAGAAGGUGAGCCCGCACCUACAGUCAAGUGGUACCGCGAUGGUGAGGAAGUCAAGGAUGAAAACAUCACAAUUGAGAAUGUUGACUACAACACUAAAUUCGCCAUGAUUUCUGCGCUACGAAAGGAAGGUGGCACAUACAAAAUAGUUGCUGAGAACAUCCAUGGCAAAGACGAAGCUGAAGUUGAGAUUAUCGUGCUAGCUGCUCCUUCUAAGCCCAAGGGACCGCUUAAAGUCACCGACGUGACGAAAAAGAGCUGCAAACUCAAGUGGGAGAAACCUGACGAUGAUGGUGGCAUGCCUAUCAAGGAAUACUUGGUCGAAAAGAUGGACGUUGGCACUGGCCGUUGGAUGCCUGUAGGCAGGACCAAAGAUACAGACAUGGACGUGCCCGGCCUUUCUGAGGGCAAGGAAUACCUUUUCCGUGUGAAAGCAGUAAAUGAAGAGGGAGAGUCUGAGCCGCUCGAGGCUGACCACUCCAUUAUUGCUAAGGAUCCUUAUGGUCCACCUGGUAAGCCAGGCGUGCCUGAUAUUUUCGACUGGGACGUGGACCGCGUAGACUUGAAGUGGCAGGCUCCUAAAGACACCGGCGGAGCUCCCAUCAGUAAGUACAUAAUUGAAAAGAAGGAGCGCUACGGAUCGUCCUGGGAGACACUUUACGAAUCCGAAGGCCCCGCAACGGAGUGCCGUGCCCCGGGUUUGGUUGAGGGCAACACUUAUCAAUUCCGUGUCGUUGCUGUCAACAAGGCUGGACCAGGUGAACCUUCGGACCCAACUAAGCCACAUCUUGCUAAAGCUAGGUUCCUGAAGCCUUACAUCAACAGAGACAAACUGAAAAAGGUCACCGUCCGUGCCUCGCAGCGAGUGUUCUUAGAAGUCGACGUUAAGGGUGAACCACCUCCAGAAACUUGGUGGACCUUCAAGGGAAAGAAGGUGGAGACAGAUGCGCACCGCUCAGUGCAGAAUGAAGACUACCUCACGAAGCUUCUUAUCAGUGACUCUGAGCGCAUGCACUCUGGCAUUUAUACCAUCCAUGCUGAGAACAGCUCAGGAACCGAUGAAGCCGAAGUAGAAAUCUGCAUCCUGGAUCGUCCUGCUAAGCCUGAGGGGCCACUGGAGAUCACAGACGUGCACAAAGAAGGCUGCCACCUCAAGUGGGACCCUCCUCGCGACGACGGAGGUCUUCCCGUCGACGAGUAUGUCGUCGAGAAGAUGGAUGUCACCACUGGCAAGUGGGUUCCAUGUGGACGCGUGCCAGGCGACGCCACGGAGAUGGACGUGACUGGCUUGGAGCCCGGCAAGAAGUACGAGUUCCGCGUCAAAGCUAAGAACGACGAGGGUGAAUCUGAUCCUCUUGACGGCGAGAACGCCAUCGUCGCCAAGGAUCCGUUCGACAAGCCUGGUCCUCCUGGUCUACCCGACAUCGUGGACUUUGACGAAAACAGCGUCAAGCUGAAGUGGGAUCCACCAAUUAGGGACAACGGCGCCCCCAUCACUGGCUACAUCAUCGAGAUGAAACCCAAGAGUGGCACCGAGUUUGUGAAGGCUGCCGAAAUCAAGGGCAACACCCCGCAAGGGACCGUGAAGGGCCUGGAAGAGGGAGAGAAAUACGAGUUCAGAGUCCGGGCCAUCAACAAGGCCGGCGUCGGAGACCCGUCCGACGCGACGCUACCACAUCUCGCGCGCGCCAAGUUCCGUGCGCCUCGCAUCGACCGUACGAACCUGACCAAGACGGUCCUCAAAGUCGGCGCUCAUCACCUCUUCGACGUGAACAUCGCCGGUGACCCCUUGCCUGUCAACACCCUCGUCUUGAACGAUAAGGCGCUGGUGUCGGACAACAACAUCAGAAUCGACACGACGGGCGACAACAUGAAAAUCCUGGUGCUGAAGGCGCAGCGCAACAUGACCGGCAAAUACCUCAUCAACUCCAAGAACGAGCAUGGCGAGGACAACGCCGAGGUCGAACUCAUCGUCUUGGGCGUGCCGGGUAAGCCGAUGGGGCCGCUGGAGGUGACGGAUGUAACGGCCAGCGGCUGCCACCUCAAGUGGAAGAAGCCAGAGGACGACGGGGGUGAACCUGUCGACUAUUACCAGGUGGAGAAGCUGGACCCGAUCACGGGACAGUGGAUGCCGUGCGGCCAGUCCAAGACCCCCGAGGCAGACGUGACGGGCCUGCAGGAGGGCAAGAAGUACAAGUUCAGGGUGAAGGCCGUCAACAAGGAGGGAGAGUCAGAGCCCCUCGAGGCUGACCAGUACAUCACAGCCAAGAAUCCUUAUGACGCGCCCGGCAAGCCUGGCAAGCCGCGAGCCACUGACUGGGACCGAGACUUCGUUCAGCUGGAGUGGGCGAAGCCUGCCAACGACGGCGGAGCGCCCAUCACCAAGUACAUCGUCGAGAAGAAAGAUAAAGACAGCAGGGGUUGGACGCAGUGCGGUUCAGGCCCUGGUGACAAAACGUCCAUCCGCAUCACGGAUGUCGAGCCGGACCACGAGUACAACUUCCGCAUCGUGGCAGUCAACAAGGCAGGGCCGUCGGAGCCAUCGGACCCGUCCGAAGACGUCAUGUGCAAGCCAAGAAACUUGGCGCCUCGCAUCGACCGCAAGAACCUGGGUAAGAGAACCAUCAGGUCGGGCUUGAUGCUCAAGUUUGACGUUGAGGUGACGGGAGAGCCUGCACCCACCAUCACAUGGACGUACGAAGACAAAAAUGUCACCAACAGCCGCAUCACCAUCGAGUCCGAGGACUACCUCACCACUUUCCUCCUGAAGAAGUCUGAGCGUGCCGACACCGGCAUUUAUAAAAUCACCGCCAAGAACAAGAACGGGACUGAUGUCGCCGAGUUGGACCUCGUCGUUGUGGGCAAGCCUUCGAAGCCCAAGGGCCCGCUGAAGGUGUCUGACGUGACCGCCGAGUCUGUGAAGCUCAAAUGGGAGCCUCCUGAGGACGAUGGCGGCGAGCCCGUCGAGAGCUACGUCGUCGAGAAGAUGGACACCGACACGGGACGCUGGGUGCCCGUACAGACUGUCAAGGGCACGGAGGCAGAGGUGCCUGGCCUGACUGAGGGCAAGGAGUACAUGUUCCGCGUGAAGGCCGUCAACCCUGAGGGGGAGAGCGAGCCCCUCGAGACCGACUCAGCGACCCUCGCUAAGAAUCCCUUCGAUCCACCGAGCAAACCCGGCAAGCCAGAAGUGAAAGACUACGACAAGAACUGGUGUCAGCUCGUAUGGAAGGCACCAGAAUCCGAUGGUGGAGAGCCCAUCACUCACUACAUCAUCGAGAAGAAAGACAAGUACUCGAGCAAGUGGGUGAAGCACAUGGAGACCAAGAGCCCCAAGUGCGAAGCCAAAGUGCAAGAUCUCGUCGAGGGGCAGCAGUACAACUUCAGGGUAAAAGCAGUGAACAAGGGAGGAGCCAGCGCCCCAUCAGACGCGUCCGACACCUUCACCGCCAAGGCCAAGAACCAGGCUCCCGAGAUCGACCGGUCCAACUUGGACCACAUCAAGGUGCACGCGGGCUCCAUGAUCAAGUACGAUGCUCGCGUUACUGGCGAGCCAAAGCCCAGCAAGUCUUGGUUCAUAAACAAGAAGCGUCUUGAAGACGGCAAGGAUGGCGUAAAACUCGACGAAGAGGAUCACAGGCUUAAGCUGGUCAUAGCUUGUGCCAACCGCAGCCACAACGGACAAUACCAAAUCAAGGCGAGCAACUCGGCUGGCAGUGAUGAGGUCACCCUCGAGGUCACUGUGCUGGACGUGCCAGGAAAGCCUGAAGGGCCCUUGAAGGUGUCCGACAUCCACAAGGAAGGCUGCACACUCAAGUGGAAUCCUCCUCUGGAUGAUGGAGGCUCUCCUGUUGAGCAUUACCUGGUCGAGAAACUCGACACUGAAACUGGAAAGUGGGUGCCUGCUGGGCGUUCCAAGGACCCAACAAUAGUUUUGGAUAAUUUGGAACCAAUGCACGAAUAUCAAUUCCGUGUAUCAGCAGUGAACAGCGAGGGAGAAUCUGAACCUCUUGUUGGCCUAGACAAGAUUGUGGCCAAAAAUGCGUUCGAUCCUCCUGAUGCUCCUGGCGCUCCCGAGGCCACUGAUUGGGACAAAGAUUUCGUGGAUCUCAAGUGGGAGAAACCUGCCAAAGACAACGGUGCGCCCAUCACUGGCUACAUCAUUGAGAAGAGAGACGAAAUUUCCGGCAAGUGGGUUAAGGCUGCAGAAAUUAAGGGACAGGAGCCCAAGGGCCGUGUGCCGAACCUUGAUGAGGGGGAGACGUACGAGUUCCGCGUGCGCGCCGUCAACCAGGCCGGUCCGUCCGAGCCCUCCAAGAACAGCAAACCCGUCACCUGCAAGCCCAGGAAGCUUGCUCCUAAGAUUGACCGCAAGAAUUUGCGUGAUUUGACGGUACGAGAAGGCGACCCAAUCCUGCUCGACGUCAAAGUCAUUGGCGAGCCCGUCCCUGAAAUUGAGUGGUACUUCAACAAGAAGCCCGUACAAGAGUCCUCGACCUUGCGCAUCGAGAACGUUCCUCACAAUACCAGGUUCAUGAAUGAUGACCCUACGAGGAAGCAGUCUGGUAAAUACAAGAUAGUUGCUACCAACAAGUACGGCAAAGAUGAAGCUGAAAUUGAAAUCACCGUCAUUUCCAAACCCGGUAAACCCGAAGGACCAUUGGAGGUAUCAGAUGUGCACAAAGAAGGAUGCAAGCUCAACUGGAAGCCACCUAAAGAUGACGGGGGUGUUCCGGUGGAAGGAUAUAUUGUGGAAAAGUUCGACCCAGACAUGGGUAUUUGGCUGCCUGUUGGCCGAACCACGGAGCCUACCAUGGAGGUGAACGAUCUGACUCCUGGACACGAAUACGAGUUCCGAGUGAAGGCUGUCAACAAGGAGGGCGAGUCCGAGCCGCUGGUUACCUUGUCACCGAUCGUGGCCAAGGACCCCUUCGGCCCACCAGGCCAACCUGGCGUGCCCGAAAAGGCUGACUGGGAUGCCACCAGAAUUGACCUCAAGUGGACCAUGCCUAUUGAUGACGGUGGCGCUGCCAUCUCGCACUACAUUAUUGAGAAGCGUGAUAAGUACACGAAUAUUUGGGAGAAGGCGCUGACGACCAACACCCCCGAGUGCAUCGGGUCCGUGACGGGCCUCACCGAGGGCCUUGAGUACCAGUUCCGCGUGACCGCCGUCAAUAGGGCUGGCCCCGGCGAGCCUAGCGAUGCCAGCAAGACUAUGAUCCCCAAGGCCAGAUUCUUGCCGCCGAGGAUUGAUCGUAAAAAUUUGCGCGACAUUACCAUCUCCAACAACUCGAUGCUCAAAUAUGAUGUGGAUAUUAGUGGUGAGCCUCCUCCAAAGGUAACUUGGACAUUCGAAGGCCGAUCGUUGGAUUCGAACAAACAUGUCAACAUCAAUAACAUUGACUACAAUUCCAAGCUGGUGAUCCGUGACACUGUACGGGCUGAUUCUGGCGAGUAUGUCAUCACUGCCGUCAACAGCUCCGGCAAAGACUCUGUCACUGUCUAUGUCAACAUUACCGACAGACCUCAGCCUCCUGAAGGCCCACUCAAGAUUUCUGACAUUAGAGGCACUGGAUGCAAACUCAAAUGGAAACGACCCAAAGAUGAUGGCGGAGUCCCUAUUGAGAAUUAUGUCGUUGAAAAGCUCGAUCCUAACACUGGACUGUGGGUGCCGUGCGGCAAGACGACGGGCGCCGAGCCUUCCAUUGAGCUGAAUAACCUGACGCCUGGUCAGGAGUAUGAGUUCCGCGUGAAAGCUGUCAAUGCCGAGGGAGAAUCUGAUCCUCUCAAAGCUGAUGAGAAAGUACUGGCUAAAGAUCCUUACGAUGAGCCUGGUAAGCCUCAAAACCUUGAGGUUGCUGAUUAUGACGAAAACAAAGUUGAUCUUAAAUGGGAGCCUCCUAAGAACGAUGGUGGUUCACCCAUUGUCAAGUACAUCGUUGAGAAAAAGGACAAAUAUGGAGGGUGGGAUAAGGCUUGCGAAGUACCUGCUGACCAGACCAAGUGCUCCGUCCCUGACCUCAUCGAAGGCGAGACGUACGAGUUCCGCGUGCGAGCCGUGAACGCCGCUGGUCCCGGCCUGCCUUCAGAUGCCACUCAUCCCGUUACUGUAAAGCCGCGCAAUUCUGCUCCUAAGAUCGACCGCACGAACCUCGUACCUGUCAGAAUCAAGGCUGGUCAAAGCUUUACAUUCGACGUGAAUGUCAGUGGUGAGCCCGUGCCAGAGAAGAAGUGGUUCUGCAAGAGGAAGGAAAUCAAGUCUGGCGGAGUUACUACCAUCAAGAUGCAGGACCAUCACACCAAGAUUCGUGUGACCGGAGCGACGCGCGCCGAGAGUGGCACCUACACCAUCACAGCCGAAAACUGCAACGGAAAGGACUCUGCUGAUGUCGAAGUCAUAAUUCUUGACAAGCCAGGCACGCCUGCGGGUCCUCUCGAAGUCUCGGAGGUGUACGCAGAAGGGUGCAAGCUGGACUGGAAGCCUCCCGCCGACGAUGGUGGCUGCCCUAUCGACCACUACACCAUCGAGAAGCUCGACGAGGCCACAGGCCGCUGGGUGCCGGCGGGCGAGACGAGCGGCAGAGAGACCACCGCUGAAGUGCUUGGCCUCACGCCGGGCCACAAGUACAAGUUCAGGGUGAAGGCCGUCAACCGCCUGGGCACGUCUGAUCCUCUCACCACGCAACAAGCAAUCGAGGCCAAGAAUCCAUUCGAUUUGCCCUCUGCGCCUACUGAUGUGAAGGUCGAGGACUUCGAUGCUGACUAUGUUGAUCUUGGAUGGAAGGCACCUGAAGACGAUGGCGGAUCUCCCAUCAUCGGCUACAUCAUCGAGAAGCGCGACAAGUACAACCCUACGUGGGAGAAAUGCGCAACGACGGACGGCAGCAACUGCAAGGCGCAUGUACCUGAUCUGGUCGAAGGCAACACGUACGAGUUCCGCGUCAUCCCAGUCAACAAAGCUGGGCCUGGCAAGCCUUCUGCACCCACUGCGCCUCACCUCGCAAGGGCUAAGAAUCUUCCUCCUCGCAUUGAUCGCAACGCAAUGGUCGAUGUGAAGAUCAGGGCCGGGGAAAAUCUCCUACUUAAAGUUCCUGUCGCUGGUGAACCGCCAGCUUCAAAGAAUUGGAUGCUGAAGGGAGAGAAGCUGUAUCCUACGGAUCGACUUCGUAUUGUUCAGGAGGAUUACAUGACAACCAUCAAAAUCUCUGAGUGUAAACGAUCAGACUCAGGCGAAUUCACUUUGGAAGCAAAGAACAGGAAUGGUGAGGACAAAUGCACGGUGAGCAUCACUGUGUUGGAUGUUCCCGGAGCUCCUCAAGGACCUCUCAAGUACUCCAACGUGUCGCGUAAAGGCUGUACUGUCGCAUGGCAACCACCUAAGGACGACGGCGGAUCGGAAAUUAUUCAUUAUGCUGUUGAGAAAAUGGAUAUUGAUAGCUUGAGGUGGGUGCCCGUGGGUGAAACCAAGAGCACUCAGCUUCCUGUUACAGGUCUAAUCGAAGGUCACGAGUAUAAGUUCCGUGUAGUAGCCGUCAACCGUCAAGGAGAAAGUCAGCCGCUUACGAGUGUUGACACGGUUGAAGCCAAAGAUCCUUUCAGUAAAUCUUCUAAGCCUGGCAAGCCUGAAGUGGUUGACUGGGACAAGGACCGAGUGGAUCUUGAAUGGACAGAGCCUCGCAAUGACGGUGGAGCUCCAAUUACCUCCUACAUAAUCGAAAAGAAGCCCAGGUUUGGCAACUGGGAAAAAGCCGUGGAAGUUCCUGCCAAACAAGGGUGUAAAGCAUCAGUGCCUGAUCUCACUGAAGGGGAAGAAUACCAGUUCAGAAUUAUUGCAGUCAACAAGGGUGGUAAUUCUGAUCCUUCUGAUCCAUCACAGUCUGUGGUGUGCAAGCCACGAUUUGAGAAGCCUGGCAUUGAUGUGGUGAAUUUGGAGGAUCUCGUCAUUAAAGCCAAUACAAGAUUGGAGUACAAUGUUCCUAUUCGCGGCGCACCCCGACCAAGUGUUAAAUGGUCUGUUGACGGUACUCAGAUCGUUGAGUCCGACAGGGUGGAAAUGCAGACUUACGGAAAACAGACCAUACUCGAGAUUCCGUUUGCUCGUCGUAGUGAUUCUGGUCGUUACACGCUGACACUGGAAAACGAGCUUGGCAAGGCGUCUGCCUCGGGUAACGUGAUUGUUUUGGACAGGCCUUCGAAGCCUGAAGGACCUUUGCGUGUUUCCGACAUUACUCGAGACAGCUGCAGAGUGUCGUAUGGCCCUCCCUUGGAUGACGGUGGCUCACCUAUCCUCCAUUACCUUGUUGAGAAAAUGGAUGUAUCUCGUGGUACAUGGACAGAAGCGGGUGAAGUGGCUGGCCUCACGGCCGAGAUUCUGAACCUGGUCUACAUGAAGGAAUAUCACUUUAGGAUCAAGGCUGUCAACGCCAUCGGAGAAUCCGAUCCUCUUUGCACUGACAAGAGUAUCAUUGCCAAAAAUGCUGUUGAUGAACCUUCACAGCCUGGGCGUCCACAAGUAGUUGACUGGGACAGCGAUCACGUAGACCUGAAGUGGACUCCACCGACCAAGGAUGGCGGCGCUCCCAUUACUGGCUAUAUUGUGCAGAAGAAAGAACGUGGCUCCCCGUACUGGCAGAACGCCUGCAGGAUAGGACCAGAGACAUCCUGUACAGUACCUAACCUAACAGAAGGACAAGAGUACGAGUUCCGUAUUGUGGCUGUCAACAAGGCCGGCAACUCUGAGCCUUCCGAGCCAUCGGACGCUGUCACAUGUCGUCCAAGAAACCUUGCACCAAAAAUUCUUGGCCCGCUUUACGACGUGAAAAUAAAGGCUGGUCAAGUCAUUCAUAUCAACGUUGACUACAUCGGAGAACCUGACCCCGACAUCUUCUGGUUCAACGAUGACGUCGAAAUCGCUCCUACCACCAGGACCACAAUCGACGCCAUCAACCACCACACCAUCAUACACACUGUCAACGCAGUCCGGGCCGACUCAGGGGAAUACAAGAUCAGAGCUCGCAACGAGAAUGGUCAAGACGAGGCUACUUUACGUGUGGUGGUGCUCGACACACCCGGUCCUCCUGAGGGACCGCUCAGCUACGACGAGAUCAUGGCCAACUCUGUGCUCAUGUCCUGGAAGCCUCCUAAGGACGACGGAGGCAGUCCUAUAACUGGUUACACCAUCGAGAAGAGGGACAUCUCUCACGGUGGCGGCUGGGUACCUGCAGUGACAUGGGUGGACCCGAAGGAGACGUCGGCGACUGUCUCACGCCUCAUGGAGGGGAACAAGUACGAAUUCAGAGUCAUGGCUGAGAACGUGCAGGGCAGGGGAGAGCCUCUCGAGUCGGACAAGCCUGUCACUCCUAAGCCAUCAGCAGACUGCCCGGGUAGCCCUGGCCGACCAGAAUGCGUUGACUCGGACAAAGACUUCAUCAAAAUUCGGUGGUCUGCUCCCCGCAACACCGGCGGCGCGCCCAUCACGGGCUACGACGUGGAGCGCUGCGGUGUGCAUUCCGGCAGGUGGAAGAAGAUCACGAGAAAUCCUGUGAGGAUGACGGAGUUCACCGACGAGACUGUGCAGGAGGGCCAGCAAUAUCAGUACAGGGUGGUGGCCAACAACAAGGUCGGCCCCUCGCUGCCUUCUGAUCCUUCGCAUCCGUUCAGCGCCAAGCCAAUGAAAGAUCCACCCAAGCUGUACCUGGACGGUCUGGCGGGCAAGAAGCUGAAGGUCCGCGCCGGGGAGCCCAUCGAGAUCAAGAUCCCCAUGUCUGGGGCUCCUCAGCCCACCUGCACCUGGAGCAAGAGUGGCAAGAAAAUCGAGUCCAGCAAGAGAACUUCAAUGGAGAGCACUCCAGACCACUGCAAGCUGCUGGUGGAGAAGUCGCGACGUGAAGAUUCCGGCCCCUACACCAUCACGGCUGAGAACGCUUACGGCAAGGACUCCGCUACUAUCGACGUGAUUGUAGUGGACCGGCCCGGGCCCCCCGUAGGCCCCCUACAGCCUACAGAGAUCACGGCCAACACCAUCAGCCUCUCCUGGAAGCCUCCCAUCGACGACGGCGGCUCACCUGUCACCGGCUACGUCGUCGAGAAGACCGAGGCUAACUACAACAUGUGGAAGGUGGUGCCCGGCUACUGCCCCAAGUGCGAGUUCACUGUCAAGGGUCUGGACGAGGGCAAGCAGUACAGGUUCCGCGUGCGCGCGGAGAACAUGUAUGGCACCUCCGACCCUCUCGAGGGCAAGCCUGUCGAGGCGAAGAAUCCUUUCGAUCCUCCCGAUGCGCCGGACAGACCAGACAUCACUGCCUACAGCCCCAACUCCUGCUCGCUGGCGUGGAAGCCUCCCACGGUUACAGGAGGCCGUCCCGUCACGGGCUACAUCGUCGAGAAGAGGGAGAAGGGCGGCGAGUGGGUCAAGGUCAACGCAUAUCCAACACCCAACACCGAGUACACGGUGCCCGGGCUGACGGAGGGCAACAGAUACGAGUUCCGCGUCAUUGCCGUCAACGAGGCCGGACCUGGCAAACCAAGCAAGCCAUCAAAUGCCAUUGUCGCGAAAGUCCAGAAAUACUUGCCUGCAGCUCCUGAAGCGCCGCGCGCGGACAGGAUCGGCAGAAACUGGGUGACGCUCUCUUGGAGGCCUCCAAGCACAGAUGGUGGAUCCAAAAUUAAAGGAUACCUGCUUGAGAUGAAAAAGAAAGAUACCGAUGAAUGGGUGCCUUGCAAUAACUUGCCACAUCCCGAUAAUACCUUCACUGUACUCAAUUUGACUGAGAAGGAAGAGUACUCCUUCCGAGUGUAUGCCGUCAACGAUGUCGGCACGUCCCAGCCAUCGAAGCCUUCGUCUCUCAUCAAGAUAGAAGAGGAGGCUGACAAACCUCACAUCGACUUGAGUGGCAUCCGCGACAUCACAGUAAAGGCGGGCGAAGACUUCAGUAUCCAUGUGCCGUUUACAGCCUUCCCCAAGCCCACUUCCACCUGGUACAGGGAUGACCAGGAAAUAUGCAUUGAGGCUGAUGUCCGAAUCCAUCAACAACUCGCUGAUGAUUACUGCUCAUUUAUUCUGAAGGAUUCUAAGCGUUCCGAUACAGGACCUUACAAGCUUCGCUUGCAAAAUCCUUCCGGUUUCGAUACGGUCACGGUUAAUGUUAAGGUGCUUGACAGACCAUCACCUCCUGAGCAUCUUCGUGCUGACGAAUUCAAUGGCGACUCCUUGACAAUCUUCUGGAAUCCACCCAGGGACAAUGGUGGAGCUGAAAUCACAAACUAUGUGGUUGAGAAACGCGAGAAAGGUGGAAGUUGGCAGAAACUGAGUAGUUACGUAACCGGCACGAACUUCCGUAUUCGAAACUUGACGGUUAACAAAGAAUAUGACUUCAGGGUUAUGGCUGAGAACCAGUAUGGUACCUCUGAUCCCUGCCAGAAUGCUGAGCCCAUCAAGGCGCGGCAUCCAUUCAACCCUCCGAGUGCACCUGGAGCUCCACGAGGCCUCGAGUCUACUGAAGAUUCCAUCACCAUCCAAUGGUCUAAGCCACGACAUGACGGAGGUUCACCAAUCCAAGGAUACAAUGUUGAAAAGCGUGUUGUCGGAGAAAGCCAGUGGUCAAGAGCUAACCACGGUAACAUCCGCGACACAACAUAUCGCGUCAUCAACCUCAUCGAACACCAAGUCUAUGAGUUCAGAGCCGCUGCCGUCAACCUGGCUGGCCAAGGACCAUGGAGCGAUCCCAGCGAGAACAUCAAGUGCAUUAGCUUCCGUGCUCCAAAGAUCACUUCAGAUCUCAGCAUUCGUGACAUGACUGUCAUGGCUGGUGAAGAAUUCACCAUCACCGUACCAUACAUUGCGUCUCCUCAACCCAAGACUCAGUGGUGGGUUGGUCCCAAUGAGAUCUUCCCUGAUGAUAGAAUCCAGUUCUUACUGGAUUCCGGAGCUUCGACAUCUACGUUUGUUAACAAAAAGGCUAAGCGGACAGAUAGUGGUAAAUACACCAUAAAACUCACCAACAGCGAAGGAGCUGAUUCCGGCUCCUGCAAGGUGUUGGUUGUAGACAAGCCUUCACCUCCUCAAGGCCCGCUUGACAUCAGCGACAUCACACCAGAGACGUGCUCGUUGGCAUGGCGGCCUCCUGCCGAUGACGGAGGGUCUCCGGUUACUAACUACCAAGUAGAGCGCCUGGAUGUCGCCUCGGGAAUGUGGCUUAAAAUAUGCGCAUUUGUACGAGGCUGCCAUUACGAAGUUUGCGGACUUGAACUCAACAAGAGUUACAAAUUUAGAAUCCGAGCCGAAAACCAGUACGGGGUCUCAGAGCCUCUGGAUGCUAUUGAUGCGAUUGUAGCCAAGUUCCCCUUCACUAUUCCAGAUCCUCCGGGUAAGCCGAAUAUUCGUGAUUUCGAUAUCAACACAGCAAGCUUGAAUUGGGAUCGACCCGCUUCAGACGGUGGAUCAGUCAUUCAAGGGUACAAGAUUGAAUACAGAGACGUCACUGAAACAAAUUGGGUUACAGCUAAUGACUUUUUGGUGAAGGAGACAAAUUACGUUGUUCAUUCAUUACUGAUAAACCAUGAAUACGAGUUCCGUGUGAAGGCAAAGAACGCCGCAGGUUACAGCAAGUAUUCGCCACCUAGCAAGAGAAUCACACUUAAAGGAAAGUUCAGUGUACCGUCGCCCCCUGGCACUCCUGUAGUAGAAAAGGUGGGCAGGAAUUACGUCGAUCUUAAAUGGACUAAGCCGGAAAGCGAUGGUGGUUCCAGGAUCACUGGUUACAUUGUUGAAAAGAGAGUUCUCGGCAGCAUCUGGACCAAAUGUAAUGACUACAACGUUACUACUUGUGACUACACCGUAUCCAAGCUCAAAGAAGGAAGUGAUGUUGAAUUCCGCGUAUUGGCAGUGAAUGCUGCAGGAAAGUCAGAACCCUCUCAAAGCACGUCACCUGUUAAGGUCCGCGUUGCUGCGGAUGGGGAGAAGCCCUACUUUAUUCGAAACCUCAACAACGUUGCUGUGCCUCUUCAUAAAUCAGUCACUCUCGAAUGCCAAGCGGAAGGCAAACCUCUCCCAACUGCCAGAUGGUUACGUAACGGAAGAGAAGUUGCCCUUGGCGGAAGGAUGGUUGCUGAAGCUAGAGAUGGCGUCUUCAAGCUCACAAUCUCAGACAUGUGGGAGGUGGAUGAAGGUGAUUUUGCCUGCGUAGCCGCCAAUGAUGCUGGCCAGGCGACCAGCGUCGCUCGGGUGAGAAUUGGAAACCCGCCAAGGAUCACACAGAUGCAGGACGUACUCUUCCUGCCUGAGGGUGACAACACCAAAAUCAAAAUUUACUUUACUGGUGAUCUGCCGUUGGACGUAUCUUUAUCACUCAAUGGACAGCCGCUCGAAGCUUCGACAAGAUUAAAGUUCACUGUGUUCGACGAAUUUAUUAUUUUAUUUAUCAAAGAAGUGGUCAAGGGGGAUGCUGGAAAAUACAUUCUUACAGUUAAGAACGACUGUGGCAGUGUUUCAGGCAACUUCACGGUUUACGUCACUGGAAUCCCAGGUGCGCCGACUGGUCCACUGGAGGUCACAGAUAUCAGCAAGCACACGUGCACACUGUCAUGGAGACCCCCAAUGUACGACGGUGGCAUGCCCAUAACUCACUACGUUGUCGAGCGCAAGGACAUCACUUACGCCAGUUGGAUCACAAUCUCUACUUUUUGCAAGGAUUGUACAUUCAUUGUUCAAGGUUUGACAGAGAAUCAAGAGUACGAGUUCAGAAUCAGAGCUGUCAAUGAUAAUGGCAUGGGACCACCCCUUGAUGGCACAAACCCCAUCAAAGCCAGAUCCCCGUACGAUCCUCCUUCUCCUCCAGGGACACCUAAUGUUACCGAAAUCGGAGGUGAUUUUGUCCAUCUUGAAUGGGAGAAGCCUGUUAGUGAUGGUGGGUCACGAAUCAAGGGAUACUGGGUGGAAAAGAGAGAAGUUGGUUCCAAUGUGUGGACUAUGGUCAAUGCAUACGCCACACUCACAACUCAGAUUAACGUAUCAAACUUAAUUGAAGACAGACAGUACGAAUUCCGUGUAUUUGCUGAAAAUGAGGCUGGUCUUUCUGAGCCUUCGACCUGUUCUACAUCAGUUAAAAUCAAGGAUCCUAAUGCGGCAACACCACCCAUAUUUAUCCAGCCAUUACGGAAUGCAAUGGCUCUCCAACAUAAGAGCUGCACUCUCACAUGCAGAGUUGAAGGCAAGCCUAACGUCAAAGUUGCUUGGUAUAAGGGCAUGCGGGAACUUACCCAGGGAGCCAAGUACGUUUUUAACCGCGAUGGAGACACCUACUCACUCACAGUAAAUAAUGUUUUCGGAGAAGACGAGGCUGAGUACAUGUGCAGAGCCUUCAACGCUGCGGGCUCAAGGACCAGCAAAGCCGACAUUUCCAUCAAGCUGGCCCCGAAGAUAAACGUACCUCCUCGAUUCCGUGACACGGCCUUCUUCGACAAGGGUGAGAAUGCUGUCAUGAAAAUUCCCUUCAUUGGAAACCCAAGGCCGAAGAUCACGUGGACUAAAGAAGGCGAAACUAUCGAGUCUGGUGGUCAUUACUCCGUGGAGCAGCAGCAAAGACACGCGAUUCUCACCAUCAGAGACGUCAGCCAUCUCGACAACGGCAGAUACAGGCUCACUGCCGAGAACGAGCUUGGCUCUGAUUCUGCAGUUAUCAAUAUCCAAAUAUCAGACCGACCAGAGCCUCCAAGGCUGCCGAAGGUCGAGAAAGUGCUCAAAAAUGAGUGUGUGGUUUCGUGGCAGCCCCCGUCAUGGGACGGUGGUGCCAACAUCAAUAGCUAUAUCGUCGAGAAGCGUGAACUGCCCAUGGAGUCUUGGAUUAAAUGUUGCACUACACGCCUCACCACCGCACAGAUUACAGGCCUCAGUCCCGGUCACAAAUACCAGUUCCGGAUCUCUGCUGAGAACGUUUAUGGCCGCUCCGACCCUUCAAUCCCUACGAGCACUGCCGAGCUCCCUGCCGCUCCCAUCAAAAAGGGACGCGGAAGAAAGGUUGAAGUCGAUGAAACUGGCAAGAAAAUCCGUGGCCAAAAAGAAGAUGUUGACAAUUACGAUAAGUUUGUAUUCGACAUAUACGCAAAGUACGUGCCUCAACCAGUGGACAUCAAGCACACUUCUGUUUACGAUCACUACGAGAUUUUGGAAGAAAUCGGCACCGGCGCUUUCGGCGUGGUGCACAGAUGUAGAGAAAUUAAGACUGGCAAUAUUUUCGCGGCCAAAUUCAUUCCAGUUUCAUCAGCAAUAGAGAGAGAUCUCAUCCGCAAGGAAAUAGACAUAAUGAACCACCUGCACCAUCCCAAGCUCAUCAACCUCCACGAUGCAUUCGAGGAUGAGGAUGAAAUGGUGCUCAUCUUCGAAUUUUUGUCGGGCGGAGAGCUGUUCGAGCGCAUCACGGCCGAAGGCUACGUCAUGUCAGAAGCUGAAGUCAUCAACUACAUGCGGCAAGUGUGUGAAGGCGUCAAGCAGAUGCACGAGAAGAACAUCAUCCAUCUUGACAUCAAGCCAGAAAACAUUAUGUGCCAGACCAAGAACUCAACGAACGUCAAGCUCAUCGACUUCGGUCUCGCCACGAAGUUGGAUCCCAACGAAGUCGUCAAGAUCUCGACGGGUACAGCCGAGUUCGCUGCUCCAGAAAUCGUUGAGCGGGAGCCUGUUGGUUUUUAUACGGACAUGUGGGCGAUUGGCGUGUUGGCUUACGUCUUGUUGAGCGGACUGUCACCUUUUGCUGGUGAAAAUGACAUUGAAACUCUCAAGAACGUGAAGGCAUGCGACUGGGACUUCGAUGAAGAGACCUUCUCGACGGUGUCGAGCGAAGCUAAAGACUUCAUCCGAAGACUGCUGAUCAAGAACAAGGAGAAGCGCAUGACGGCGCACGAGUGUCUGGUGCACCCAUGGCUGCGCGGCGACCACGCACCCCGUCUCGAGCCCAUCGACAUGCUGCGCUACGUGCCCAUCAGGGAUAAGAUACGUGCCAAGUACAGGGAGUGGGAGAAGUUCCUCGUACCCAUCGGCAGGAUUGCCGAGUACUCCUCCCUCAGGAAGAUGCAGCGGGAAAAAUACAGAAUACAUGACACUCAGUUCGAUCGCCGCCAGUGCGCACCUCGCUUCGUCAUCCGCCCUCAGAACCAAAUGACGUACGAGGGACAGAGCGUCAAGUUCAGCUGCCGCAUCGUCGCGCUCUCCGCGCCCACGGUCACCUGGUACCACAACAACCUUGACCUUCGCCAGUCCGUCAAGUACAUGAAGAGAUACACUGGCGAGGACUAUACAUUCGUGAUCAACCGCGUGAAGCUUGAUGAUCGCGGCGAGUACAUCAUCAGGGCCGAGAACAGCUACGGCGUCAAGGAGGAACCUGUCUUUAUCAAUGUCAUUCCCUUGCCACCCGAGGCGCCAGCGUACAAACCCGUUGAGCAGCGCAUCAGGACACGCGCCCCCAUCGCCUACAAACUGUGGCAGGAGGAGUCGGACUCUGCCCCAGUCUUCACAUUCUUGCUUCGUCCCCGCGUUAUCCAGCUCCACCAGACCUGCAAGCUGCUCUGCUGUCUCUCUGGCAAGCCAACGCCCACUGUCAAGUGGUACAAGGGCACCAAGGAGCUCAACAAAUACGAGUACAACGCCCAGCAGGGAGAUGGUGUCGUGACCAUCGAGAUCGUUGACUGCCAGCCAAAGGACUCCGGCAAAUACAGAUGCGUGGCGCAAAACGAACAUGGCAUUGACGAGACGCAGUGCGUGGUCAUCGUUGAAGGACCUGGGGAGUUUACUCAGGACCAAACAGCGCUCAUCACGAGCAUGAAUCCUGCAGACCGCCGUUACAUCGAGACCACAAUAAAGGAUCUGCCAUCGAAGCCGGUCUCCGCUGCACCUAAGUAUGAAACAACGCCGUCCACCAAGUCGGCUGCGACGAGAGCGGUUGAGAGCGUCAAGAAGGAGGCGGCCAAAGAAAAGGAGGCGAAGGAUGGCAAGCGGCAAGUGAAGCCCUACGGCAAGCGGCAGGACUCGGGCGGCCUCUCCAGAUCUCGAUCUGCCACGAAGGAGCUUGAGCUGCCGCCGGACGACUCUUUGAUGCACACACCAAAAUUCACGGGUCCUCUUCCUCCAAAGCUGGAGAUCAAAGAUGGCGACAUACUAGCACUGAAAUGCACAGUGAGCGGAGAUCCUGAGCCGCAAGUGUCGUGGUACAGGAACGGAGAACUGCUCAGUUCCUCCGACAUUAUAGACCUGCGUUACAAACAGGGCAUGGCCACUCUCACCAUCAACGAAGUCUUCCCUGAAGACGAAGGUUCCUACACUUGCAGGGCCAGCAACUCUCUCGGCAGCGUCGAUACAGUCUGCAAACUGACAGUUCUUCCCAUGGAACAAACCAAGAAGAAGGGAGCUAAGGGAGGAGACAAAGUCCCAAAAAUACUUGAACAUAUCAAAUCAAAGGAAGUCCAGGACGGCACUCCAGUAACGCUAUCCUGCAAGGUCGGAGGAGCAACCAAGUUUGACGUUGUUUGGUUACAUAAUGAGAAGGAGAUUAAACCAUCGAAAGAUUUUGAGUACCUAAGUGAGGGCAACAAAUACACACUGAAAAUUGCUGAAAUCUUCCCUGAGGACGCCGGCACCUACACGUGCGAAGCCUUCAACGACGUCGGCGAGACGUUCAGCUCCUGCACCGUCGUGGUCAUAGUUCCCGGGGAAGAGAAGCCCCAGCCUGCCUUCAAAACCUUCCCAAGCUCCCAGACGGUGAAGGAAGGAGAACCCGCCAGCUUCCCCGUCGCCCUGGAGAAGGAGGCCACUGGAGUGACGUGGCUCAAGGACGGCAAGCCCAUAGACGCAGGCUCCUCGCGCUACAAAGUGACGGGAUCCAAGAAGGACUUCUGCCUCGAGAUCCUGAACUGCUUACCGACGGAUGUUGGCCAGUACACCGUCAAAGCCGCCAGUAAAAAGGGAGAAACCGCAGCCACCUUCGCGCUCAAUCUCCUACCGGAAGAGAAAUAGUUUUUCAUUUCACCUAUAGUGACUUCCUGUUUAUUUCGUCAUCCCACUUAAUUCUGAAAGUUUACCGCGUCAGCUGAACAAUUAGCUUCUGAACUCAUCUCUCCGCUGCCGAGGAUGUUUUGCUUCCUCGACUUCACCGCAGCGUCCGUUUGUGGGAAGGAAGGAAGCUCGGGCUUGAGUUGUUAAUGUAUGCUUCGCGGCUGGGCCAUAGAGAAACCGUAACGAAGCCCGGGCUUGUGUUUUAAGUGCAUGCUUCACGUCUGGGUCGCAGUAACCCUAAAGAAGCCCGGGCUUGUGCUUUAAGUGUAUGCUUCACGGCUGGGUCGCAGUAGCCCUAAAAAAGCCCGGGCUUGUGUUCUAAGUGUAUGCUUCGCGGCUGGGUCGCAGACCCAACCCUAUUAAUUGGCUCUAUUAACUUAGAUUGUUUGUGUUCUGCAUCCCGAAAUUUUGUGCGGUCGGUUGUCUGAUGUUAUUUCUGCUAUUUGAAACGUCCUUAAAUUAGAGAAUUACUUUUUAGAAGGCCGACCAGGGCCCUAAUCGCUCAUUAUCAUUGUAAACAACGCCUAAAUGAAGUUACGAUCAGGUUAAGGCUACAAUCAUGCGUGUCGUGUGCUUGUGUGUCAUAUCACAUCGUAGAGUGAACGUCUCUUAUAACUUGCAAUGUAUAAAGAGUUAGCCUCGACGUUUAAUUAAUUCAUGAACCUAUGUUUUUAUUGAUUUGUGUUUUGCUGUUGAGAAUUCAUGUUUUUAAUCGUAAAUAUUUUUGCUGCUUAUGUUUUGUAGCGCUCUGAAUCAUUGUUCUGCCAGCGGUUGCAUCUCGGUUGCCAUCCAAGAUCCUUUCUGCGUCAUGACUCAACGUGGUCUUUGAGGCUUCGUACUGCUCUUCCAGUAAAGAAGAAUUAUUCACUAAAGAUACAACAUCGUAAUGUGUUCGCAACCAUCGAUGAUUAUUAAACUAUGUUCAUACUACGUACCCCGACCAGCCAGUUUGUUUCACAUUGCAUUGUUUCGACUGCGAUUUAAAAACCGACGCAUAAUAAAAUGACUGCGAAGUUCUACGAUCAACUCGACAUGUCUCCUGUACGAGUAAAUGUGCAUUUUAUUA